AUGGCGGAAGACUGGAUGGAAUUAAAGGUGGAUGCGGAAAAGAACGUUAUGAUAAAAGUAGCACGGGCUGCUCGAAUGAUUAUAAUUUGUGGAUACAUUUUAAUGGUAUCGGCCUUCACAGCUAUUAUUGUUCUUCCUUGUUUCGGUCUACCAUUCAGACGUUUAACGAAUCUCACGGAUCAGAAAAAACCGCUACCGCUUCAAACGUAUUAUUUCUACAAUACAGAUGAAAGCCCGCAAUUUGAACUGACACUUGUCGCACAAGCUGUUACAAUUCUUUUAUCCGCUGUAAUUUAUACGUCAGUAGAUGGUUUCCUUGGACUCACAAUCCUGCAUAUUUGCGGCCAGUUGGAGAACUUCAAACGACGACUUGCUAAUUUAAUCUCGUACAAAGAUUAUGAUAACACUUUACGGAUCAACGUGGAGGCCCAUUUGAAAAUUAUUAG